UGAUUUGUUGAAAAAAUUAACACGUGGGGUGUUUUAUUUUUGAUUACAUGAACUUGUGAACCUUGUUUCUGCUUACAAAAACUGAAGAGCCCAUUUCAAACAAGGCCCAUAUUCUGAUUGAGCGGCCCUAUUUUACCAAACCACCUACUAAUGAACACUCUCAAGUCACCUCAUUCGAGUUGGAAGUUCCCUUUAAAACAAUUAUUUUCAGACACAGAGAGACUCAGACAGGAGAUAUGAACUGCGGAGGAAAGGUGGUCUGCGUUACCGGAGCUUCCGGCUACAUAGCGUCUUGGAUUGUCAAGCUUUUGCUCCUCCGUGGCUACACCGUCAAUGCCACUGUUCGAGAUCCAAGUUUGUUCCCAACUCUCUCUCUCUUCUUUAUUUUAAAAAACAAACGACUGCAAUUAUUAGGGACGAUUAUGAGUAGCACAAAUAGAAUCAAAAUCGGAAUCUGGCUGAAAAAUCUGACGGAAUCAAACCAAUUAUGUCUUUACUUAAAUUACAUACAUAACAUCCAAAUCGUUCUUUUUUUUUUUUUUGAGACAACCAAAUUGAAAUUUGGGACUUUGAUUAGCUGUUGUGUUUUGAAUGAUGACUUAUUAAUUAGACAAUAUUUUUCCGACCUUUAUAAUUAAAUUACCAAAUACGGAAAGUUCAGAGAACUCAUUCAGGUUCGUACCAAGUUUUGACUUUUGAGGGUACAAGUAAAAUCAUUCUUUUGAACUUUGAACUUUGAAGUGCAUGUUGACGUUAUACUCUUCUUCAGAGGACAAGAAGAAAACAGAACAUCUUCUUGCACUAGACGGUGCAAAAGAAAGACUCAAAUUGUUCAAAGCAGAUCUUUUGGAAGAAUCUUCUUUUGAUCAAGCUAUCGAUGGUUGUGAUGCUGUCUUCCACACUGCUUCUCCAGUUCUAUUCACUGUCACAGAUCCUCAGACUGAGCUGAUUGAUCCAGCCUUAAAGGGUACUAUUAACGUCCUUAAUACAUGCAAACAAGUUUCUUCUGUCAAGAGGGUCAUUCUGACAUCUUCCACGGCUGCGGUUCUCUCUCGUCAGCCUCCUAUUGGGCCAAACGACCUGGUGGACGAGACUUUCUUCUCCGAUCCAAGUCUAUGCAGGGAGACAAAGAAUUGGUAUUCACUCUCCAAGAUUUUGGCCGAGAAUGCAGCGUGGCAAUUUGCCAAAGACAAUGGAAUCGACAUGGUUGUGUUGAAUCCUGGAUUUAUUUGCGGACCACUCUUGCAACCAACUCUUAACAUGUCGGUAGAGCUAAUUGUGGAUUUCAUAAAUGGUAAGAACCCUUUCAAUAAAAGAUACUACAGGUUCUCGGACGUAAGAGAUGUCGCCUUGGUUCAUAUCAAAGCGUUGGAGACUCCUUCAGCCAAUGGCAGAUACAUCAUCGAUGGUCCAAAUAUGAGUGUAAACGACAUUAUAGACAUUCUUCGGAAGCUGUUCCCAGAUUUGUCUAUUGCUGAUACGAAUGAAGAAAGUGAGAUGAAUGAGAUGAUAUGCCAAGUGUGUGUGGAGAAAGUGAAAAAUUUGGGAGUAGAGUUCACUCCUAUGAAAUCAAGCCUUAGAGACACUAUUGUUAGCCUCAAGGAGAAAUGUCUUUUAUGAUUCUGUUCGUAUAUUUGUAACUAUUAUGUGUAUUUUUAUUUUGUUAGUAUUACUAAUUCAAGUGGUUUAAGUUGUUGAGACUCUUUAAAAUCUAAGCAUUUUAUAAACAAUAAUAUAUAAUUAUUGUUUAGGCU